AUGGUUCUGCACAACCCCAACAACUGGCACUGGGUCAACAAGGAUGCCACCUCAUGGGCCAAGCAGUGGUUUGAGGAUAACCUCACCAAGCUUGAGGCCAAGGAGGGGGAUGUGACUGCCAAGAUUAGCAAGAUUAUUAGCAUGGAUGGAGAUGUCGAUGUUGCGCAGCGCAAGGGCAAGGUGAUCACCAUUUUUGAUGUCAAGUUAACCCUGGAGUACACAGGCUCCACUGCCACCGACGACAAUGUCUCGGGCACCAUCACCGUUCCCGAGGUGUCCCAUGAGUUGGACGAGGACGAGUUCGUUUUCGAUAUUGAUAUCUACUCGGAUUCCAACGAGAAGAGGCCCGUCAAGGACCUUGUGCGCAACAAGCUUGUUCCCCAGCUCCGCAAGGAGUUUCUGAAGCUCUCCCCGGCGCUCGUCGCUGAGCACGGCAAGGAUAUCCAGCAUGCUCCCGGCUCCAACCCCUCGAGCGGCUUCUCCACCCCCAAGUUCGUUCCUCAGCCUUCCUCCUCGAGCGCGCCCGCCGUCUCCUCCGCCCAGACCAGCAGCGGCGGUAUUGUUAAUAGUACUACUGUGACCGAUCAAGAGGAGUUUCGUACUACCGCCGAGGAGCUCUACCAGACCUUCACCGACCCCGGCCGUUUGGCCGCUUUCACUCGCGCCCCUCUCAAGGUCUUUGAGGGUGCCAAGCCGGGCGGCAAGUUCGAGCUCUUUGGCGGAAAUGUUACCGGCGAGUAUGUUGAGCUCCAGGAGCCCACCAAGAUUGUCCAGAAGUGGCGUCUUGAGCAGUGGCCCAAGGGUCACUACUCGACCCUGAAGAUCGAGUUCGACCAGAACGACGUUGACAAGGUUACUGUUAUGCGCGUCGAGUGGACUGGCGUCCCCGUCGGCCAGGAGGAGAUUACCAAGAACAACUGGCUUGAGUACUACGUCCGCAGCAUUAAGAGGACUUUUGGCUUCGGAACUAUUCUCUAA